GCACCAAAACGUUCGAGAAGGCACCGAAGAGCUACCCAUUAAUUUAUCAUUAAUCCAAAGUCUAAGAUCGGGAUACUUCCUUCUUUUACGGAAUAUCUGGGCAUCUGGCUAAGUUUUGCAACCAAACUCCCACUCUAUCUUCAGACAAAAAGGAAAAUGCAAGUAGCGCGCCCACCGUCGCCGCCCCUAUUCUCCACCCCGUCUAUUCCCGGACGUUCGUUCUUGCGCUUUAGCUGGCCUAAACGGGUCGGUUUCAGCUUCUCAAACGUCUGCUGCGUAGCACCAUUGCUGCCGGCGGCUGUACGUGAGGAGGAUGGCUUUUCCAAGUACUCCAGUUAUCUUUUCGAGCUGAGUCCUGACGAGGAGGAAGCGCUUACAGAGUACAGCAUCUCGAAAAUUUAUGAAGUUUAUCAGAAUAAGCCGUUUGUUGUGCUGCGACGACUCCUCCAUAUUGUAUCCACUUUCGGAAAAUGGUUCGCCCUCAGAUACAUCGAUUCCUUAAGUGGACGAGUGGAGGAGAUGUUUAAGGUUAGAGCUGAGGGACUGAGGAAGAUACUAGUUCAGCUUGGUCCGGCAUAUGUUAAAAUUGCACAGGCUAUCUCAUCUCGUCCUGAUUUGAUUCCUCCUUCAUAUUUGGAUGAACUCUCACUGUUGCAAGACCAAAUAACUCCGUUUCCCAAUGAAGUUGCUUUUAGUAAAAUAGAGCAAGAACUUGGGUUUCCAUUAGAUGUACUUUACUCUGAGGUUUCACCAGAUCCUGUUGCAGCAGCAUCACUUGGACAGGUGUACCAAGCUAGGCUUCGAUCUAGCAAGCAAGUAGUUGCUGUCAAAGUGCAAAGGCCAGGAGUUCAAGCUGCAAUCUCCUUGGAUAUGUUAAUUUUAAGGUUUCUAGCAGGCCUAGUAAGGAAAGCGGGGAAAUUUAAUACUGAUCUUCAGGCUGUUGUUGAUGAGUGGGCGUCAAGCCUUUUUCAGGAGAUGGAUUAUAAGAGGGAAGCAGAUAAUGCAGUCAAAUUCAGUUAUAUGGUGACAUUAAGGAUGUUAUGGUUCCAGAGAUGUAUUUGUCACAAACUACUCACAAAGUUCUCACCAUGCAAUGGGUAGAGGGGACAAAGCUGGCUGAAGUGAAGGAUCUUUAUUUGAUUGAGGUUGGUGUGUACUGCUCAUUCAAUCAACUUUUGGAAAAUGGUUUUUAUCAUGCAGAUCCGCAUCCUGGAAACCUUCUUCGUACAUAUGAUGGAAAGCUAGCUUACUUAGACUUUGGAAUGAUGGGCGAAUUUAAACAAGAACUUCGUGAUAGCUUCAUGGAAGCAUGUCUCCAUCUUGUAAAUCGUGAUUAUGAUGCACUGGCCAAGGACUUCGUCACUCUUGGGCUUCUUCCCCCAACAGCUGACAAGGUUGCAGUUACAACGGCAUUAACUGGUGUUUUCCAAGAUGUUGUUGCAAAAGGAGUCCAGAAUAUAAGCUUUGGGGAUUUUCUUGCAGAUUUAGGAAUUAACAUGUACAAAUUCAAAUUCCGGAUACCUUCCUAUUUUUCUUUAGUAAUUCGGAGACUUUCCAGAUAUCAGCAAUAGCAAAUUUCACUUUUCUGCGAUAUGUAGCCUUGCUGUGUUGGAGGGUAUUGCGAUAAGCUAUGAUCCGAAUUACAAGGUUUUGGGCAGUACAUAUCCUUGGAUUGCCAGGAAAGUACUGACUGACAGCUCACCCAAACUGAAAUCUACCCUACGAGCCCUUCUUUACAAGGAUGGUAAAUUCAGGAUAGAUCGUUUGGAGUCUCUAAUAUCUGAGUCCCUCCGUGCCCGGAAAGAGAGAACCCUCACUAGGGAGCAAAGUCAUUUCCGUGAAUCUAGAUUCUUUUUCAAGCAAGUUCUUGUUUUUGCAUUGAAUAAAAAGGUUACAUUCUUAAGAGAGGUACUUCUUGAUGAGCUAGCUAAGGGGUUGGAUGCACUCGGGCUUGCAACUUUUGAUUCUAUAACAACUGCUGUGUCCACAAACCUAGCAUUGUCUUCUUCGUAUUCAUUUUCUUUGAUGACAGAUGAAGACAUUGUUAAUCUUAGAAAUUUGCAGCGUCUUAUAUUAUUUCUACAAGGACUUGAUAAAAGGCCUGGCAUGGGGGGGCUAUCAAACAGAGCACCUUUUGCCCUUUCUCAUUUUGGAUCCGCUCAGGAACUGCUAUCACUUCUUUCUGUCAUUGCUGAGCUCCCACAAGAUACCCAACAAGAGUUGCUGUUGCGAUUACCAACUGAUUUAGCAGGAAAAGUAGCUUCACGUGUUGCUGCGAGGACACUGCGUAGGAUCUUUUUUUAAACAGAUUGUCUGACUAUUUUAACAACCACAGCUUUUCAUGUAAAAACUAGAGAAGACAUCGAGUGUGUUUUGGAUAUAAUAGUACGGGUGAAUAAAUUUAUGAUAUGCAAUUAUUUCGUUUAAUAAAUGAGCUAUGCAAUUAUUUAAUACUC